AUGAUUGCAUACAAUCCUUCUCAUUUCAUGCGAAUGCCCCCCCUUCCCCUUAUCCCAGAAAAAGGUAUCUCUACAAACCUCAACUCCCCCUCCAGAGCUACCCUUCAAGGCACGCCCUUCAGGAGCAGCCCUUCAGGAGCAGCCCUUCAGGAGCAGCCCUUCAGGAGCAGCCCUUCAGGAGCAGCCCUUCAGGAGCAGCCCUUCAGGAGCAGCCCUUCAGGAGCAGCCCUUCAGGAGGAGCCCUUCAGGAGCAGCCCUUCAGGAGCAGCCCUUCAGGAGCAGCCCUUCAGGAGCAGCCCUUCAGGAGCAGCCCUUCAGGAGCAGCCCUUCAGGAGGAGCCCUUCAGGAGCAGCCCUUCAGGAGCAGCCCUUCAGGAGCAGCCCUUCAGGAGGAGCCCUUCAAGGCACGCCCUUCAGGAGCAGCCCUUCAGGAGGAGCCCUUCAAGGCACGCCCUUCAGGAGCAGCCCUUCAGGAGGAGCCCUUCAGGAGGAGCCCUUCAGGAGCAGCCCUUCAGGAGCAGCCCUUCAGGAGCAGCCCUUCAGGAGGAGCCCUUCAGGAGCAGCCCUUCAGGAGCAGCCCUUCAGGAGGAGCCCUUCAAGGCACGCCCUUCAGGAGGAGCCCUUCAAGGCACGCCCUUCAGGAGGAGCCCUUCAGGAGCAGCCCUUCAGGAGCAGCCCUUCAGGAGCAGCCCUUCAGGAGGAGCCCUUCAAGGCACGCCCUUCAGGAGCAGCCCUUCAGGAGCAGCCCUUCAGGAGCAGCCCUUCAGGAGGAGCCCUUCAAGGCACGCCCUUCAGGAGCAGCCCUUCAGGAGCAGCCCUUCAGGAGCAGCCCUUCAGGAGGAGCCCUUCAAGGCACGCCCUUCAGGAGCAGCCCUUCAGGAGCAGCCCUUCAGGAGGAGCCCUUCAAGGCACGCCCUUCAGGAGCAGCCCUUCAGGAGCAGCCCUUCAAGAGGAGCCCUUCAGGAGCAGCCCUUCAGGAGGAGCCCUUCAGGAGGAGCCCUUCAGGAGCAGCCCUUCAAGAGGAGCCCUUCAGGAGCAGCCCUUCAGGAGCAGCCCUUCAGGAGCAGCCCUUCAGGAGGAGCCCUUCAAGGCACGCCCUUCAGGAGGAGCCCUUCAGGAGCAGCCCUUCAGGAGCAGCCCUUCAGGAGCAGCCCUUCAAGAGGAGCCCUUCAGGAGCAGCCCUUCAGGAGCAGCCCUUCAGGAGCAGCCCUUCAGGAGGAGCCCUUCAAGGCACGCCCUUCAGGAGGAGCCCUUCAAGAGGAGCCCUUCAGGAGCAGCCCUUCAGGAACAGCCCUUCAGGAGCAGCCCUUCAGGAGGAGCCCUUCAAGGCACGCCCUUCAGGAGCAGCCCUUCAGGAGCAGCCCUUCAGGAGCAGCCCUUCAGGAGGAGCCCUUCAGGAGCAGCCCUUCAGGAGGAGCCCUUCAAGGCACGCCCUUCAGGAGCAGCCCUUCAGGAGCAGCCCUUCAGGAGCAGCCCUUCAGGAGCAGCCCUUCAGGAGCAGCCCUUCAGGAGCAGCCCUUCAGGAGGAGCCCUUCUGCGGCUUAGUUUUUUGACCCGGUACAAAGUUUCUUGCCUAAUUAAAAGGUGUCGAACCCAGCUUCUAACUCUCAUCUUUGAUUUUCUUCAUUAUUUAAGCUGA